UGCGCAUUUUUGAUGAGCAGGGAGAUGAGACAUCAUGAACGAUGAAGAGGAUUUGUUGAACAUCCCAUUGAAGAAGCCAUUGUUUAAGAAGAAGAAGAAGGUGAGGGGUUCAAGAAGUGCAAGGAAGCAACUGCCAGAAGUAGAUGAUGAUUUUGGCGAUUUGAGUGUAUCCAAUGGUAAUAUAACAAUAACUUCUCGAAAGACCAAACCUCGCCAAACGUUUGUCAGAAACACAGAAAAGAGCACCACAAACGUUUCCAAGUGGGUGUCGGGGCAUUUUAAAGAGAUAGAGGAUACGGCUGUUCUAGGGAAGUUUACUGAAGGAGAUACUAUCACAGGUGCUGACUUGGAGGACUCUGAACCUGAACCUGAACCAAACGAAUCAAAAAGAUACAUUGAACAGCUUGUACACGAAUAUGAAAAUGAAAAUGACGACUACGAUGAAGAUAUUCCUAACAACUAUGCCACGAUAGAGCCUCAACCAGCCAAUGAUUUGGAAAUAAACAUUGAUGACGAGAUGGUUGAAGACGAGGAAACGGAGGCAGUGUUUGUAAACCAUCAAGAAACGAAAAGUGUAUUUGUGGAUGAAGAUAAAUACGAUCCACAAAUAGGUGACAGUGACGAAGAUAUUCCAAGUGGUACUGUGAGAGUAAUUGAGCCGUUGGAUGCCAGCCAAGAGCUCGCCAAACUAGAAAAAAUGCUUCAGGACUUGCAACUACGCAAGCGAACAGCUGAAGUCCAGAAGUCUUUGAAUGACAAAACUCUCGUUGAAAUUGACGAAAAACGCAAGAGUCUAGAUAGAGUACUAGACAGUGUAUAGGAAAGUGUUAUGAAAUGUACGCGCGUGCGGUCCACGACGUAACUUUGAGACCGACACUAAUC